UCCGUACAGGGCAGUGACCGUGACCAAAGCACGAAAACGACAAAACACAAACAAAAUAUGAUAUCAGAAAAUAGAGAAAGUUGAGAGAACACAGAAACACACGCUCAGACACAGAGAGAGAGAGAGUGAGGUCCUCGUGGUACCUCGGAAUCUUCACAGCGAUUGAGGAUCUGUGUUCUUCGAAACUGCUAUUCCCAGUUUGGUUGGUGCAAUUUUCUGGGGGGCUAAUAUGAGCUUUACUGGCCCUUCAUUGAGUUCUGGUGGUAGAACAGCUAGAAGAGCAUUUGAGUUUGGAAGGACCUAUGUGGUCAGGCCCAAAGGUAAACACCAAGCCACUGUAGUUUGGCUACAUGGCCUUGGUGAUAAUGGCUCAAGUUGGUCCCAGCUAUUGGAGACCCUUCCUCUUCCAAAUAUCAAAUGGAUAUGUCCAACUGCUCCUACCCAGCCAAUUUCAGUGUUUGGUGGUUUUCCUUCCACUGCUUGGUUUGAUGUGGGAGACCUUUCAGAAGAUGCUCCUGAUGACUUAGAGGGUUUGGAUGCUUCAGCAGCCCAUGUUGCAAAUUUGUUGUCAACAGAGCCUGAUGACAUAAAACUUGGUGUUGGAGGCUUCAGCAUGGGUGCUGCUACUGCACUAUACUCUGCAACCUGCUUUACUCUAGGGAAAUAUGGGAACAACAAUCCAUACCCGGCCAAAUUAAGUGCAGUUGUUGGGCUAAGUGGCUGGCUUCCUUGUUCAAAGACCUUGCCUCAAAAGAUAGGAGAGGUAACUGAAGCUGCAACGCGCGCUGCAUCCUUGCCCAUUUUGCUUUGUCAUGGCAAAGUGGAUGAUGUCGUUCAAUAUAAAUUUGGUGAAAAAUCCUCAGUGUCCUUGGGCUCAAGUGGAUUUAGCGAUGUGACAUUCAAAAGCUAUAAUGGACUUGGUCACUACACAAUCCCUGAUGAGAUGGAUGAAGUGUGUGCUUGGCUAACUUCAAAAUUGGGGCUUGAGGGGAGCUCUUCAUAAGAUGAUGUAAUUUGUAGAUCUUGAGCUACAGCAAGUGAGCAACAAGAAGAAAUGGAGGAAAAAUUUGUCCACGGUUCUAAGCAGCAGGCAUGCAUAGCUAAAAGUGGUUUGGGGUGUGAUAUACACGUUUCAUUUGUCAUUGGUCUUUGUAUACCCUGUUCUCUUGUAUUUGAUGUUAUUUUGACCUGUUGGCUCCUAGAUAAAACAUAUUUGUGAAUUAUAAUGAUAUUUAUUUGGAUCAUUAAGAAGCUGUUGUUUGGAAUUUA